GAAAGAAAGUCAGUCUGCCGUCUGUGAGUCAGUCAGUCGUUGUGUCUCGUGUGAGUGACCUUUUAGUGCGGUUUCUUGGACUCGCCCCUGUUUUUUUCACAAUUCGUGGAUUUAAUUUUGCAUAAGUUUGGAUAACCUCGACAAGUGAAGCAUUGUACCAACUUUUGACGCUCAACUAUGAAUACGUAAGCGCUGAGGCGCAGCCAAGACUGCCAACCCCAUCUGGUCAUGUCUGACGAGUUCGAUCAGCUUCCCGUCGGCGGCGGCACGAUGGGCAAAGAGGUGAAGAAAUCCUCGUACUACGUGUGGUUCCUGGGCGCGCAAGAGGCCAAAGGACUUCGCGGCGAGGAGUACAUUCGGCCCAUCGUGCGCAGCCUGGUGCAGAAGGAGCGCGAGGUGGAGCCGUUCAAGGUGACGCUGCAGGUCAGCAUCAAAGGGCUGAAGAUCGUGCAGAACGUGCCCGGCUGCAAGGACAUCGUCAAGCACUUCAUCCCGCACCACGCGGUCACGUGCGUCGUGCAGGAGCCGCCGCCCAACGACGACAUCGUCUCCUGCAUUUUGCUCAUCUUCAACCCGGCCACGCGGUGUCCGGUGCACGUUCACUGCUACCGCUGCGACUCGGUCGAAACCGCCGCCAUCUUGCGAGACCAGCUCGAGACGUUGAUCGAGCGCCCGGACAAUCAGAAAAAGUUCGGCGAAAUCGAGUCCAGACUCCAGGCGAAGGGUCUGCUGAGCCGAAGACUUCCUGCAGGAGGUUCGGAUGGACGCAGCAGCAGCACCAGGGAGUCCGAGUCAUCAGGGUCUUCUUCCGAAAGGGGAGGCGAAAGGGUGACCAACUUGUACGACUCUCUGGCCGCCGAGCUCCGCGAAAAGCUGCACGGGGUCAAAGGGCCCCUUCUGCUGCCCCCGAGGGACUACGACACGGUGCACCGCACCAGGGGCAACCUGACAGGAAUCGAACUGCGGCGGUGCAGAAACGCGGCCAUCGUUGGCGACGGCGUCAGUCCCGUGUCCAGCGGCGGAUCCAGCGGCAUCGGCUCGGACGACGCGCCGCCCAGCCCCAAGGAAUUCCGCGUCAACAAGGUGGAGCAGCCGGUGCGAAGGACGCACCUGAGAAAGAGUGCCCCUGCUGGCUACCCACCGGAACCGCACAGCUCUGAAGAGGAGGAUGACUGGAGAGAGUCACUGCGGGAGGCGCGCAACCCGCCGAGCUGGUCACCGCAAAGAGUGGCCACCCCGGCCACGGAUUUGUCGCUGCCGCGGCCGCGACGAGUCCACCAACAGCAGGUGGAGGAACCGGCCAUCAAGCCGCACCGAGUGCCCAGUUUUGUGGACAAGGAUGCGCCCAGGAGGCGAAGCAGAGACCCAGAGCUGAGGCAAAGGUCACCGUCGCCUCUUUCGCCCAGAGAAAGAUUUCAGGACGCAAAGGACAAGUUCCACAGGAUGGAGCGCGAAAAGUUGGACGAGUUGCAGUUGCGUCUGGAGCGUCGCCGCCAAGAAACGGCGGCGGCCAACGUGGCGGCGGCCGUUUCCUCGGGGCGGCCGUCGGCCGCCGAGGCUCGCGGCCAAUUCCGGGCGGUGCCUGUGCAUCACAUCUCGGACGACGAGCAGGACGACGACGAUGACGGUUUCGAGCCGGUGAUUCCCGUGAAGGAGGCUGAGGAGCAGCGGCGCCGGACGUCCCACAAACUGGCCGAGGAGUUCAACAACAAGCGGCGCUCGUACCACCAGGGCUACCAAGAACUGGCCGACCACGAGCGUUUCCCAGGUCUGGACAGACAGACGGCCAGGCUGAACCACCACUUCCAGGAGCGCUACCGCCACAGCUAUGCCGAGCCCGAGUACUUCAGCAGGCAGCAGGGCCUCCGAAGGUUCACGCCCAACGGUGCGCCACCCUUGUCCAACAGACUGGCUGGAAUUCAUCCGUACUGAUUUUCUGGGAUUUUGGGUUUUUAUUUCACAAUUGUCAGCGGUGAUGUUUUAUUAUUUUUUUCAGCAGUAGAAAUUUAAAAAAAAAGACUACGCCUCAAGUUUUUGGAAAACUUUAGGUGUCAGUUUGGCUAAU